UCACUCCAUUCUUCACUCUACACUUCACUACUCGAACAGUGUCAUAUGGGUUUUUCGUUUUAUCCCAAAAUGCCCCAUAAAGUUUUGUUCUUGUAGUCCCACUCUUUUGACGAGGUUCCUCCAUUGGGGUUCUGCUCCAGCACUAUUUUUUGAGGUCUGCCAAUGGCUGAGAGCUUCAACUGUGCCACCUCUAACCUUCUUUGUUCCGAGAACAAAGAAUGUGAUGAUGCAGAUGGGUUUAGAUUCUCAACUUUCUUGGACGACAGAAACCUUAACUCUGAUCAUAAGUGUCCGAGUUCGGACAAUGGUGGAUCGGAGUUUUUAACGUGUUUUCUGGUACAGAGUGAGGAAACUGUGAGGGUUAUGGUUGAGAGGGAGAGGGAGCAUUUGCCCAGGGAUGAUUAUCUGAAGAGGCUGCGUAGUGGGGACUUGGACUUGAGUGUUAGGAGGGAUGCUCUUGAUUGGAUUUGGAAGGCUCAUACUUAUUAUGGUUUUGGACCCUUGAGCUUUUGUCUAUCUGUGAACUACUUGGAUCGCUUCCUAUCAGUUUUUGAAUUACCGAGAGGUAAAGGUUGGCCUGUGCAAUUGUUAGCGGUAGCUUGCUUGUCAAUUGCAGCUAAAAUGGAGGAGAUUAAAAUGCCUCAUUCUGUAGAUUUACAGGUUGGAGAUCCAAAGUUUGUAUUUGAAGCUAAAAGCAUUCAAAGAAUGGAACUAUUGGUAUUAAGAUCAUUGAGAUGGAAAAUGCAUGCUUUAACUCCUUGUUCCUUCAUAGACUACUUCCUCGGUAAGACCAAUUGUGAGCAGCAGCAUCAAGCAAAGUCAUCCAUUUCAAGAUCGGUACAGCUGAUCCUUAGCAUAAUCAGAGGUAUUGACUUCUUGGAAUUUAAGCCUUCUGAAAUUGCUGCAGCAGUGGCAAUUUCUGUUUCAAGGGAAUUGCAAGUAGAGGAGAUUGAUAAGGCCAUAACUGGUUGCUUCAUUGUAGAGAAGGAGAGAAUUCUAAAGUGUGUUGAACUGAUAAGAGAUUUGUCCUUGAUCAAUGUUGCUGCUAAUUUGGGCAGCAAGUUUGCGCCAUUGGUGCCUCAGAGCCCUGUUGGGGUGUUGGAUGCUGGAUGCUUGAGUUCUAGGAGUGAUGAAUUAACAGUUGGGUCAUGUCCAAAUUCUUCACAUGAUAGUCCAAAUACAAAGAGGAGCAAAUCAGGUGGACCUUGUAAUGGGACUUCCGAGUCAUGAAAUGUGAAUUUUCUUCCUUCACCAAAGUUCAUUUAGUUUGGUUGAAUGGGAGUUUAGUGUGGUCUUGAAGGCCCUUGGAAGCAUUCUUAAUGACAAGAGUGUGUUUUGGAUGAAUAAGAUAUGAAUUUAAUAGGUCUCGUGCUAGAAGCAUGGACAGGAGGAGAUGUUGUUAGUUGUUUAUAUUCAGAUUACAGAAAGAGCUGCAAAUACUACGGUGAUGCGGUUGGUAGAGAAAAUUUUGAUGAAACCAUGUUGUUGAGGCACAGCAUGUCAAGUGACAAGUAUGAAUGUGAUAUUUGGGGAGGGAAGUUAUAAUUGUUGUCCAUGUGAAU